CCCAGAAAUAGCAGCUGCCGUGGAUCCGCCCGCGGGCGGCGCGAGGGGAGGCGGGGACCGCAGGAGCCGGCUGGCGGGGCACGGAGCGUAGCGGCCCCGGAGGAUGCGGAGCCCCUGCCCGGCCCGGCCCCGAGCUCAUGAUGGCCAUCCGAGAGCUCAAAGUGUGUCUUCUCGGGGACACUGGCGUGGGGAAGUCCAGCAUCGUGUGUCGAUUUGUCCAGGAUCACUUUGACCACAACAUCAGCCCGACCAUUGGGGCGUCUUUUAUGACCAAAACUGUGCCUUGUGGAAAUGAACUUCACAAGUUCCUCAUCUGGGACACUGCUGGUCAGGAAAGGUUUCACUCACUGGCCCCCAUGUACUAUCGCGGAUCUGCGGCGGCUGUCAUAGUGUACGACAUUACCAAGCAGGAUUCAUUUCAUACCUUGAAGAAAUGGGUGAAAGAGCUGAAGGAACACGGUCCAGAAAACAUCGUGAUGGCCAUCGCUGGGAACAAGUGCGAUCUCUCGGACAUCAGGUCGCCAGAUUCCACCCCUGGACCCCCAUGAAAACGGAAACAGUGGAUCCAUCAAACUGGUGAAGCCAACCUCGCAGGUCGGCCGGCGGUGCUGCUGACCCGGGGCAGGGUCCCCUGUACUUGAAGAGGCCGGAGCUCCCUCCCUGGGCACUUCCUCAGGGCCUCCCUCCUCGGUAGUCUGGCCCCUGGCUCAGAGGGAGGAGAGCCCCGCAGAGAACAGGGCAGGAAGUGUCCCUGGAAAAGGAUUCUGGGAAACUCUGGGAAAACCCACCACCCUGCCACAGAAUGGCCUUUGGUGUGUGAAAUUCACUCAGAGGGAACGGAUUUUAGGUAUUAAGUAUAGCUGAGUUUUUUUGUUAAAAGCCUUAAAAUAUUCUUAAAUUUGUACAAAAGUCUUACUGGCUUGUGUGUGUGAGGUUCUAAAGUGGUGUUCCACUCUGAUUUCCUGUGUUUCUAAUCAAAUGUCAGGAGCUUCUUCAGUGCUGUUGCCUUGGUUACUCCACCAACCUUUGCCAAAAGGUUCCCUUAAUUUUCCUUUCAGUGAGGUGUAAUUGGACCAUCUACGGUAGAACUCGAGCUUGUUAUGAAAGUGGAGAAAGAUGUAUUAGGAACUGUUGUCUACAUCUCUGACUUUUAUUCCAUGAAUGUUUUUCUAAGCCUUGGUCAUAUAAACCAACCGAACCCGACUACAGUAUUUCAUGUUGCACUGGGAGUUGGAGGCCUGGUGUUGGAAAUCAUUUGGAGUCAUUACCGUGUAAGCAGUGACAAAUGCAGGAUAUAAAUGUUAUUCCAGAGACCACCUGGUUUGCAUGACCUGCAGGGUAAUAAAUCCCCACUCUCUUAGGGAAGUUUCUCACAGAGUGUUAUUUUACUAAAAGAGUGUGACGUAGUGCCAUAUCCCAGGAACAAAUUACCUGGAUGAUGUUUGAAUGUAAAUUGUAGGGCAAACUUCUCAUAUUAAACAAUAUCAAUGAAUAACUGAUUACAGGAAAGCCAGCCAGAAGUACUGGCACAGUAAGAUUCUAGACGCCUGCCCCUCUGCUUGCCCCUCCUCCCUGCCCCGCCCAAAACUACGAAAUCAGAGGGUCUUGAGGAAAGGGCCAAGCUUUGGUGGGGUGGGUAUUAAGGUUGAACACAAGUCUACCCCUGGAAUGCCUGUUAGCUGGGAACAGGCUCCAAUGAACCUUCCCUUUUCAGACUCCCUGUCAGCUCAAUGAAUUGUUUUGUGCUCAGUCAUAUCUGACUCUUUGUGACCCCAUGGACAGUAGCCCACCAGGCUCCUCCAUCCUUGGGAUUCUUCAGGCAAGAAUACUGGAGUGGGUUGCCAUUUCGUCCUCCAGGGGAUCUUCCUGACCCAGGGAUCGAACCGGCGUCUCUUAUGUCUCCUGCAUUGGCAGGUGGAUCCUUUACCACUGAGCCACCUGGGAAUCCCAGUGAAUUAAAGAUGUCUGAAUCCAGUGGAGAGGAAAGGAAGAAAACUGUCCCUAUUGAAAGUUCACAGCCUGUUUUCUUUGUAAUUUUCAUAAAAACCUGGGGUUGAGAAGCGGUUGUUUUCCUAGGAAGGCUCAGGAUGGGAAGUGAACCUUGGAGGAGAUUCAGAUUGGUGCCUUUUGUGGGGUGAGAUGUGGCUGACCAGGUAGUGUGGUAACAGGGCCAGUUGGUACCUUCAAGGCUCAACAAACAUUCACUGAAGACCUACAGCGUAAAAAUCAAGAAAGAGAUCAUGGGCCGAUGAAAGACCUCAAACUUUCUGUAACUUGGUUUGAGCCAUUCUUGAGCCCUGCCAUGCUGGUCCCACCAGCCCUUGAUGGUUGGGGAUACUGAGUCUGCUGUCAAAAAAAGUGAGAGUCCUUGAGAGAUCAGGGCCCCAUUCACACUUCUUCACAUGGGCUGCAAUGAAGAAAACAGUUUGAAAUCUCAGACUUAGGUUUUUUUUAACUUGAGAAUAUGUUGUCAAUUUGGUGCUCUUACCACUUUACUCAGCUUGCCAGAAUCAUUUGACAAUCUUAGGACAUGGAAGCUGAAAACACUUAUUUUUGGUUCAAGAGCUUAAACUCCAGACGGGUUCCCCUAAAACUGUUGGCAAAUUGGAACUUGGACACCUUGGUACACUUUGCAGGGUUUUAAGGAUUUUGUGCACCUUGUCAACAUUAUGGGCUCCGUGAUUCUGCUUGAAGGCUGAGCCAUUAUCUUGCCUCUUAACAAAGUUUAAAAAAAUGUGGGUUGCACAUUCAAGUGACCUCAUUCCAGGUGGCAUGCAGGCUUAUUUUGGAAUUUUUCAUCAUCUGGCAGUCCCUAAGGACCAGAGCUUGUCUCUAGACAAAGUUCCCUAGCUAAGGAGGUGCAUGGCCCGGAGGAGUUUGCAGCUUUGGGCUGGCUGUUCAGCGCUCCCAUCUUGCAUAAAAGAGCUGGUCUUAACCAUGCAGAUCAGGCUAUCCACCCGUGAGCCUAUGGCUUAGUUUCAGAAGCCCACGUGGUUGAGAGCCACUCGUUUGCCUUUCUGUGCAGCCUUAACUUUUCAAGGCAUUGGCCGGCCGCGUGCUUGUAGUCACUCCUUGGAGCAGUUGUGGAAAGAGAAGAUGGCCCUCGGGCACAUAGACAUUCGCAGGAACCUGGGGUCUUUUCUGAAGAUGGAGGCUCGAGCCUUGUCCACAAGGAGCCUUGCUUAUCUUCCAUUAUUUUGCCUUGAGAUUACUUUCUGACUCUUCUAAUCUCUGAACCAUAACCGUGUGAUGUGAUGUAAAGGCCUGGACAUUACUGUUGUUCCAAGUUGUUCAGCAGCGUCCUUCACCCAGUUCCCCCAAAUGUGCUCUUCUGUUUUCCUUCCUCUCCCAUGUGGUACGCAUGCACACGUGUGUAAAUACAACUUCAGAUUUGUUACAGCGACAUGUGAUCCAUUCCCCUGGCUGAGUGUGGCUCAUGACUCAAUCAUGGAAAUCGGGCAUGGGCUCUCAGGGGGAUUGUCUCCCCAUGGGACUUCCCCCAGGUGGCAGUGGAAUUGUGCCAACACUGCAUGCUUGUAAUUGAGCUGCCGUCUUUAUAAUGGGGAGCAGUGUGUCGGGGGACUUGCUUGCAGACCAGAGAAAUCUGGAGAGCUGAAGCCAGCCUUUAGCCAAGCAAAGGGCUGGACCCCAUGGAGGACCCAGGGGAGCUCAGGUGACAGAGGUGUGUCCCCUGAGGUUGAGGAACGUGACCUGUGAUGGCCCAAUAGGCUCCCCUCAGGGCCCUGAGUCUCUGUACUCUGUGACGCUGAUCACAACUUGAAUAACGAGCGAAAGAAAGGGCUCUGAGCCACAUUCAGUCCCAUUAGGUUCUGGUUUAACCUUCGUUACUAAAACCAGACCCAGAGAUCCAGUGUCAGCACCUGACUGUGUACACUGCCCCCUCCCUCGUGUUUUCAUUAGGGGCCUCUGUCUGGGCUGGACCCAGUUCUCACGUAUAGAAGACGCCGCUGCAGACCUUAGGACCUACCUGUCCACCUUGUAUUCUGUAGUAAAGCACUGCCUUCCACGUUGUCCAGUUGUAUCUGUUAUUUUUGGUUUAACGCACACUGAUUCAUACUAAUAAAUAUUUUAAGUUUUA